AUAUUCUGUCCAUCAACUUCCUGUCUGUGUCCAUCUGUCAAUCUGUCUAACUCACGAGGCUGUGAGUUGAUCUAACGAUUGUGAUGGCUUCCACUGCUUUACUACUAUUGGCCAUCUCCUCCUCCAUCUCUCUCACAGGGGGAGUACUGUUUGGGGAGCCCAGAAUAUAUGGAGAGGAUGCUACUGGCUAUGGUCCCAUCUUUGAGGAGGAGCCUGUGGAUGUGGUCUAUACUGAGGACUCACCUGAUGGGAGAAUCUCCAUGAACUGCAGGGCACGGGCCAACCCACCAGCUACAUACAGGUGGCGCCGUGAUAACUGGGAGAUCAAACUGAUGGAGCAGCCAGACGAGCACUACAGCCUGGUGGGGGGAAACCUGGUUAUCACCAACCCUAGACACAAAAAGCACAGUGGGACUUACAUCUGUGUGGCCCGGAACAUCUAUGGCACAGUCAUCAGCAAGGAGGCCAGGGUCAAGUUCGGAUUUGUGGAGGAGUUCCCCCAGGAGGAAAGAGACCCUGUGUAUGUCAAAGAGGGACAAGGGGCAGUUCUGUUGUGCCGCCCUCCAAAAGCCUGGCCAGAGGAGGUGACCUACCGCUGGAUCUACAAUGAGUUCCCAGUGUUCCUGCACACAGAUAAUCGUCGGUUUGUCUCUCAGAAGACGGGGAACCUGUAUAUCUCCAAGGUGGAAGCUCAGGACGCAGGAAAUUACUCUUGCUUCGUUUCCAGCCCCAUCACUGGGAAGAGCGUCUUCUCUAAGUUCAUCCCUCUCAUCCCCUCACCACCCGACGAUGGUGAGGAGAGAAAAUACCCAGCUGACAUCAGGGUGAAGUUCCCAGACACAACUGCCAUGCUAGCUUCUAAUAUUACAUUGGAGUGCUUUGCAUUGGGAAACCCCAUCCCUCAUAUUGUUUGGAGAAAAGUGGACGCCACUGACCUACCGCCAAAUCAUGAGAUCAGUGAAUCAGGAGCUGUGCUUCACCUGUAUAAUGUGCAGUAUGAAGACGUGGGAGCAUACGAAUGUGAAGCCAUCAACACUAAAGGGAAGGACUGGCACAAAGCGUGGCUCUAUGUGGAGUCUGCUCCAGAGUGGGCAGAGACCAUUAACAACACUCAGAUUGACAUUGGCUCAGAGCACACCAUGCGCUGUGUGGCAUCAGGGAAGCCCUUCCCUUUCAUCCGCUGGUACAAAGAUGGAUAUAUGUAUGGGAAAGGGGAGCUGAAGUUCUCCAGUCUGACUUUUGAUGAUUCUGGGAUGUACCAGUGUGUUGCUGAGAACUACUGGGGCAUCAAAUAUGCCAACGCUGAGCUGCGAGUUAUUGCCUGUGCUCCAACAUUCGAGUUUAACCCUGUGAAGAAACAGCUUCUUGGGGCUAAAGAUGGCCGUGUGGUAAUCGAGUGUAAACCUAGAGCAGCUCCUAAACCUCGCUACACCUGGACAAAGGGCAAAGAACUGCUCUUUAACAAUUCACGCAUUUCCAUCUUGUAUGAUGGGAGUCUGGAGAUCCUCAAUGCCACCAAAAAUGAUGAGGGUUUUUAUAACUGCUUUGCCGAGAAUGACAGAGGAAAGUCCAACAGCUCUGGCUAUCUCACCAUCACAGAGGCUACCAUCAUCACAGAACCACCUGAAGACACUGAGGUUAAGGUUGGUGAUGAAGUGAUUCUGAGUUGCUCUGCUUCAUUCGACCCCAUGCUGGACAUUGCUUUCAUCUGGGCCGUAGACUUCAGAGUCAUCGACUUCGAUUCCGAGUGGCAACACUAUGAACGUGUUUUGAAUGAAGACGGCAGUGGGAACCUGAGAAUAAAAAAUGUGCAGAUCUGGCAUGAGGGUCGCUACACCUGCACGGCUCAGACUGUGGUGGACAGUGAUAAUGCCUACGCUGACCUCAAAAUUGUCGGUGUUCCCGGUCCUCCUGGUGUGGUCCGUGUGGAGGAGAUCGGGGACACGUGGGUGAAGCUGUUGUGGACUAAAGGGUCGGAACAUAACAGCCCCAUUCUCUCCUACACCAUUCAAACCAGACACUACUGGGCUUUGUAUGAAGACGACUGGAGGGAUGCCAGCACCUCUCCAAGCUUUCUCGAUGGCAGUGUGGAGAAGGCAGAGGUAACAGAUCUUUACCCCUGGAUGGAGUAUCAGUUCAGGAUCAUCGCCACCAACGAGUAUGGCUCUGGAGAGGCCAGCAUCCCCUCCCUUAAGAUCAAAACCUGGGACGCUGCUCCAUUGAUUUCACCCACAGAUGUAGAAGGUUAUGGAGGUAGAAAUGGUGAGAUCGUCAUUACAUGGACACCUGUGCAGCCGUGGUAUUUCUUUGGCAAGAAGUUUGGCUACAUUGUGGCAUUCAAGCCUCAUGAUGCUUAUGACUGGUGGUAUGAGACCAUCUCAGACCCAGAGACGAGGCGUUACGUCCACAGAGACUCCUACUUCAUUCCCACUGAGGAGGACUUUCAGGUCCGAGAGUUUCAGGUGAAGGUCAAAGCCUUUAACGUGAAAGGAGAUGGACCCUACAGUCUCACCAGGGUCAUCUACUAUCCACGAGAUGUACCUACAGAGUCUCCGACAGACGUCUAUGCCAGGCCGGUGUCUUCUACAGAAGCCCUGGUGUGGUGGCUGCCAGUGGUCGACACUGGAACAGGCUUGCAGCAGUACAUCGAGGGAUAUCAGAUCAAAUACUGGAGAAAAUACGAUGACCCUGAGCCGGGAGCCCAUCGUAUAUUUGUUUCAGGUAAUGCCAAUCAAACCAGGUUGGAGAACAUGCUGCCAGACUCACACUACCUCAUUGAGGUCCGUGCCUUGAAUGGAGCCGGCCUAGGACCCCCUGGUGAACACUGUGAGAUGUUCACAAAGAGACCACCACCACCUGAAGCUCCCAGGAUGUGGCGCUAUAUCAGCUGGACAGGAAAGUGGUUGUAUGUUUGGUGGGAUCACAUCCAGUACGACUGGUUUGGCAAUAUUUCUUUCCCACUGUACUACAAGGUCAUGUUCAGAAAGACUGGCUACAUCUACGGCAAAGUCUACAUUACUGGUUGGCACUUUAUGGACUUUCCCAUGCCUCAGCUUGAAGACUAUGAGCUGAUGGUGCGUGGUCGCUAUGAAGGAGGAGAUGGCCCAGUCAGGAAGAUUAGUAUUCUGGGUAAAGCAUCCAUGACCACACCAACUCUAAGCCUUGUAUCUUUGGUGCUGCUGGCGCUGUGCAUUGUGGGAUUUGAAAUGUAAGCCUGCCACACGCAACAUGUAUAUAAAAGACUCUGGGAAACAACUGUGGACCUAAUUAGAGAUCAAGUCUUCACCUCUAAACACAUAAAAUUGGUGUGUCCACCCUUUACACCUGUAGUCAUGGUUAAGAUCCCACAUCAUGCAACUGUCCUGCAUUUGAUUGUUUGUUACACUGGAAGAUUUUGUCCCACCAAAACAGAAUUGGAUGUUGGCCCUGCCACUUUUUAUGGACAUUCUUCAUUCUUUUAAAUGAAGAACAGAGCAGUGAGCAGAUCUGUAGAAUACAAGCUGUAAAACAUGGGACUACAUUGGCUACAACUGUAAUUGAGAAGAUUCAAAAUUCCUCUUUCAAAUCCAGUUGUGCUUUAUCCAAGUCACUCCAAACUCAAAAGGAAUGAAGACAGAUGAUGAUUGUUGGAUAUUGUGACAAUAGACUUCAUUCGCUAAACAAGAUCUCCAUACAAUAUUUAUAUAGAUAUAAAUGCAUCAAGAAAUGGCACUCUUAAGUUGAGUUUGUUAAAAUCACCACAGCAAUAUACCCUGUCCCUGUCCAUCAUUCAACCUUCAUUAUGUUCUCAUUGCUCAUACCUGUUUGGAGUUUUAAUAAGUUGGACACAUAGUAUACUUAGGUAGAAUUUAGCCCAAAGACUGGGCAAAUACUAUUUAUAGUGAGAACUAACAAUCUCUCAGAUGGUCAAAGCAAUGACUAGUAUGUAAAGUAGUGUAUAAUAAUCACUGCAUUAGGCUUGAAAUGAGCAGAGGAGUGUUUUGUUUGUUUGUUUUAGUGUGUGUGUGGUUUUUAUGAGGGUACAAUGCGUAUUUGCAAAUUCUCUUCUUGGAACACACUCAAUAUAUUAAAGUUUUUAUAUCAGAUUAUUCUUCACAAUCACAAUGGUACAGCUUUAUGUUCUAUAC